AUGGAUUGGUCCGACUCUCAAAAUUUUUGGACCGAACUCGACGGAGGAACGUAUGACUUCUCUCUGGAGGAAUACCUUCCGAUCCAUGUCAACUCGGACGACUUGUAUACAGGUCAACAGGAUAUCGAUCUCUAUGUCCCAGACAACGACUGCCCGAUGCAAGAACCUCCAAUCGAUGCCACGAACUGCUGCCACUCGUAUAUCUUUCCUGAUUUCACUCAAAACCAACCGGAUAUGGGAUCGUAUACCACUGGCCCGGCUUUCGAUUAUCUUACUGGUUACGACGAUACUCAGGCUUUGGCGCACACUACCCAUGCCGUAUCGCUGCAGCCGCCACAUGUUUCAUUUGCACCAGACGUCGAGCCUGGGCAAGAACAACUUCUCAGCCGCGCAAGGCCAGACAUUGGACACAGUCGGUCAUCAUCUGAGUCAUCCUUAGAUUCCAUGGCCCCAUCGAUCAGUACAAGAGCAACUACACCAGACGCUGAUUUGGACGAUCCAAAUGUUGCACAUACGCACCAUAUCAAGGGUUAUACCAGCUGUGCUGGCUCGCCGGAGGCUAGUCGCUCCCGCUUCUAUUGCUCGGACUGUAAGAUGGACUUUAAGAAGGCCAAGGCCUUUGACAGGCACGACAUGGAGAAACACCGCAAACCAGACAGCGGCCAAGAACCCGAAGGGUGGUUCGUCUGCCGUUGUGCCAGCAGCUUCUGCUACUACCGGAAGUUCAACUACCAGCGGCAUCUGGCGAACUGCAAGCAGAGGAACUGGAGACUCCCCGUUUUCAGAUGCCAGUGCGGCGACGCGCAGCAGAGACUUGAAGAACAUGAGAAGCACUACGUCGAGUGCCGCAGGGGCACGUUAGGCCGUCCGAAGCGUGCUUCGUUGCCAAUGACGCUUUGA